CGUUCGUUAAUUCAUGCCUCCGAGAAUUGGAUCGAGACGCGAUACGUAACGAACCAACAUGGAUCUAACUGCACGCGUGUUUCUCGGUCUCGUGAUUAUCGCGACAUUUAACGUGAGUGCCGAAGAGGAUCCGAAAGUCUGCAUCAAGGAGGGCUGCCUAAUUGGAUUGACGGAAAUUUCGCGACUUGGUAGAGAGUAUUUCUCCUUUCUGGGUAUCCCUUUCGCCAAGCCACCCGUUGACAAUCUCAGAUUCAAGCCACCGGAAAGACCGGAAACUUGGAAUACUCUGGAAGCAAAACAGGAUGGUAAAAUUUGUCCACAGUCAAUAAUCUAUCGAAGACCCAACGAUCCGGAAUCCAGCGAGGACUGUUUAUAUUUGAACGUCUACUCACCCAAGAUUCCUGCCGAAAAAUCGAAGCCUGCCGAAGCCUUUCCAGUCAUCGUCAUCUUUCACUCAGGAGGAUUUCAGUACUGGUCUGGCACCAGGGAUCACUUUCCUGGAAAUUAUUUACUGGACCAUGACGUCGUCGUCGUCUCUGCCAAUUAUCGUCUCAACGUUUUUGGUUUCCUCAGUACAGAGGACGAAGUCUCUCCAGGAAAUUACGGGCUCAAGGAUCAACGGCGGGUCCUAGAAUGGGUUCAAGAAAACAUAGCAGCCUUUGGAGGCGACCCGAAGACCGUGACAAUCCAGGGUCAAGACGCGGGGGCAGCUUCAGUGCAUUUUCACAUGCUGAGCGCUUCGUCGAAGGGCCUCUUUCACCGCGCCAUUGCUCAAUCCGGAAGUGCCUUGGCUCCAUGGGCGUUAUCGCUACCCGGCGAAGCUCGUGAGCAUGCAAAUUACCUUGGUAAACACAUGAAAUGUCCCAGAGACAAUUCCACGGUGCUUGUGAACUGUCUGCGGCUUCAGUCGGUUGAGGAUUUGCUGGAAGCGGAUCCGAUAUUCUUCGUGUGGCACAUCGACCCUUUGAUACCCUGGAAGCCGGCGGUGGAACCGGAACACGAUGGUGCUUUCCUGACCCAAAAACCCAAGCAGCUAUUGGAGAGUGGGGAUUUUAUUGACGUGCCUUUUCUCACUGGCGUCACUUCUCACGAGGGCCUCUUCAGAGCGGCGGGUAUCAUAAACUACGACUCUACUCUGGUGAACUGGAACGCCCUUCCCAUCAGGUCCUACACCUCAGCGUUGAAUCUUUACCACCUUCCAAUCGAGGAGCUGAAAGACGCUAUCACGAGGCUGAGAAAAUUCUACUUCGAAUCCGACAAUGUGAAGGUCGAGCAUGAGGAACAGUUCGUGAACAUGUUCUCCGACCGAUACUUCUUUCAUCCGAUGGCCAAGACUCUCGAGUUACAGCGACGACAUCAAAAAAGUCCAAUUUUCGCCUAUCGUUUCGGAACCGAGAAUCCAGGCGUCACUUUCGCGAGAUAUUUUUCCUUCUUGUCAGAGGACGACACCGAGUACAAAGGAUUGUGUCACGGGGACGAGAUGAUCUACCUUUAUCCUCUGGAGAAAACGUUCUUCAAGGAAUUCGUCCACAAUGAGGAGGGGAGUGCGAUGAUCGACAGAACUUUAGAGCUGUGGAUAAACUUCGCCGUUCACGGUAAUCCAACUCCGGAAGGAUAUGACGUAGCUUGGAAUCCCGUCAACUCCGAGGACAUCGAAUACCUGUCGAUCAACGGACCGAAAGAUUUAAAAAUGGAUCACAAGUUUUACAACGAGCGACUCGCACUUUGGGAGGAGCUUAAACUUGAACGCGAAAUACCCGAGAAUGCAGAUUUCCUUGUUCACGAUGAGCUGUGAAUUUUUUUCAUGCAGCACGCGGAGUUCUAAGCGUCGUCGUUUAAUUAAUUCAUUCUGCUGAUACAGUCGCCGAGUUGGCGAUAAUUUUUCGUGUAUCGCAAUCAGAGCGGAAACCAAUUAAGCGACGAUAUGAAUUCCUUCCUU